AUGGAUGCCUGCAUGUCACUCUUUGGGAGAAGGCGAAGACUCCCUCCAGAGGACGAAAACUCGGACGAGGACCCGCUUCUACCCACUCAUACGGAGCCCAACCGCCAAGGAGAGGUCCUCGAGCAGAACAAAAAGGUCAAGAAAGGAAAAGGUGGACGACUUAUUGACUUCCACGAAGCGGAGGCAGUUAACGGCGACAACUCACAAGGCGAUUUUCUCGAUGGGUCACGGCGGCGUGCAUCGAACACCAAGGAUGCACCUCCGACAUUGGUCGGGAAGCUCAUUGACAUCGUGGCCGCAUUCCAAGCCGGUAAAUUACCAACACAGGACCAGAUUUCUCAUUUUCUGCGAACGGUUCUCAACUCGCGAGUGUUGGACCACGUAAUUGGGGACGAAAUCCGCGAUUCCAAAUUCCUGUGUGGUUCUGGUCCGACAACGAAACGAGGUCAGCAGGUCCUUGCGAGCGUGCAAAAUGUUUUACAAGCACUGCUCGAGUUUGGCUUGGAGAAGAACGAUGACAACACCAUCCAGGAUUUCUUCUACCAGUUACGCGAAAUCGACACUGGAGAUAUGAGCAGCGGGUUCAACAUCCACUUGUCGAAGGAGAAUUUCUCCAAGGCGAAGGACGCUUCGGAAUCCAUGGCUCAUGUCGGGAAGAAGUCUGCAUCUGAAUUGAAGGACAAAGUCCCGGGCUCGUCGGAAGUAGCAAACGACACGGCGAUCCUUUUGCACGCGUUGCGAACCCUGGUCCAAUCCGCGCUGACGUCGACCAUCUUCCGGCUACUGCUGGUGGAUGUGUUUAGCAUUCUGCGAGACCUCGCUGCGCGUGGGGCAUCCGAUGUUGGGAAAGCUGCUUCCCACGUCCACGCUGCGGCCAGGGACAUGGAGAAGAAUCUGGCCGAUACAGAUGUGGGUGAAAAGGUUAAUCAGGCCAUGGAAGGAAUUCAGAAAACGGAUAGUGGCCAUGACGUUCAGGAAAAAGGAAUGGAAGUAGCAGGGAGUGCCGUUGAUACUGUCAAAGGGUUGAUGCAGAGUGCUUCGGAGAAGGCGGGAGAAUGGGGAAGCUUGGGAGCUGCGGCAAUGGAUGAGGCGAAAGAGGAUUUCUUGGCCCGAAUCCAGCAGGUAUUGAUUCGCGCCCAAGAAGAUCCGGCUUCACGAGAUGCCAUUCGUGCCAUCGUGAUUUUGGCCAGAAAGUAUGCUGACAAGGUCGCGGAUUUGGGUGAUGUAGCCGCCGACACCGCUGCAAAAGCGGCCUCAGAUCUAUCCACAGCAGCACGGGGGAUCUCGCCAAUGCCAUCGAGCACUGCUUGGAAGCCACCAGCAACAUAUCCACCGCCCAAUGACCUCUACCCGCCCGUCCCAGAUGAAAUACCUGGCGUACAUUCCAAAACAGGGGAGCAAGGGAAGCCUCUAAAGGCGGCUUUGGGAGACUUAAAGAUCAUAUUGGAGCGCGUUGCACGAGGGCACCCCAUCGACAAAUUGAUACGGGCGCUAAUCGACAUCGGCAAGGAUCUGAAAGAACUCCCGUUUGACGUGGAAGAGAUGGUCGUUAACGAAGCUGACUUUUUCGUGCGGGAUGUGAAAGGAAAGGGCAAGGAAGAAGUUCAAUCAAAUCUAGAGGGACAGCGAGGGAAAGGACGACGGAGGAAAAAGAAGGGAAAGAAAGGAGGUUCGAAGAGCAUUCAAACCCCGGACGAACAGGACAGUUCCCAAACGGCCACUCCUUUCACUACGGCGCCCCAUACUCCGGUGGCACCUUCCGAACCACCGAAAACGCCAGGCCCUCGUCCGAACGUCUUGCGAGUGUAUUUCUCCCGAAUUGGGCGGUAUCUGGACCGAGCGAUGGACGAACCGGGCUGGAUCACGUCGAGGAAGGGAUCGAAGGAAUUGGAAAAACUAUUCAAUGAUGGGAGGAUGCUUCUGAACGUCGUCGGAGAAGCAGCGGUUGAUGUUGGCGAGGCUAUAGUUGAAAGUGGCGCGGAAGAGAAUGGCCAGCAUGCAACGUCAGAGAACACUGAUGAAGCGGCUCUGAAAAUUAGGCGCCAAUUCAGGGAGCAUACGGACAGUCUCUUGAAAGAACUCGAGGCCUACAUCUCUGCCGUUGAGAACGACAGGACGGCCAUGAAGCUGCUACGUUCAUUGGAUGAACUCGCCCACGCGGUGUCUGAUCUUCUUGCAUCCGGGAAACAGAUGGCGUCGACGGCCAAAAACCAAGCACAGAAGCACUCCGCUUCCCUGGCCAGUCGACUUCGGUCCAGCGUUCGAUGGACUGAAUGGGUGGCCUGGUCAAUCCCUCGACUCUUGCAGCUGAUCCCGCCUAGUGCCAUUCCGAUUCCCAGUCUCGAGGCUCGCAGUGAAAGCGGCGGUUGGGAAGCUGGCCUGUAUGCGUUGUUUAUCAAAGGCGAUGCGUUGGAAGCAGGUGUGUCCAGCGCGAGCAAGGGCCGAAGGCGGGGAAGGGGCGGCCUUGACCCCGUUACGGGAGGCAUCGAGUCGACGUUGAUCCCGGACGAAAUCGUCUUCAAGGAGUGGACUGAAGUGAGAAUCGAUAUGGCGAAUGAAACGCCGUUGAAUAGACCGACUAUGUCCAGGAGCCACAGCUACACCAGACACUCGAUGGGAAGGGAUCACCAUCUCGUUUCCGAAAGGUCUGUGACGGCACCUCACACGCACGAACAUGAUCAUCUCCACAAUGCCCGCGUCGACACGACCUCGAGGAUUCAUAUGCAUUUCGACGGUAUACGAGCAAAAGUUGAUGGAUUGGGGUAUUACUUCAAGUACGGGCUGGACGGCGCGUGGUUUGGAUACGAGGACGAGGGGGUGAUGAACGUCGACAUUGGGAUGAGGAAGCCUCACGCAGGCUUGAGAUGCGAUAUCGAGAUCGAAUUGACCAGCGAACACACGCCUUACCACCACCAUCGGCGGACUGGGAGGGGCGGCCUUCCAGUCGGAGAGCUUGUAGGAGAGGGUAUUGAAGGCGAAGGCGAUUUCGAUAUGCUCUCGGUUCCGGAAUAUGUGAUCCAGCCACCCGGGUCUGACGCAAAGUCGCCUCCGGGCACCGCGGUCAUCGUUGAAGGAGAGGCAAGGCCCAGCAAUGCGGAAGACUCGGAGGAGGGUGUGGCAAACCUCGAUGUUCAACGGAUUAUCGAUUCGGGGGCGAUUGGUCGGGAGCGUGAACAAGUCGGAUCCGCUUCAACUGGCUUUCCGUACUCCGCAUUUGGGCAUUACAACCGAGAACUGGAACCGAUGUUCAAGGUUGUGGAUGUGAACAUUGAGAUGCAGGGUGUGAAGGUGUUGCUCCAGAAGUCGCGCCACUGGAUCCUGAACAAGGUCCUGGUGCAACCACUUGCGGGUCCCACUGUGCACUUGAUGGUGAAGCAGUUGCUUGAAGCCAAGGUUAAGGAGUCGUUGGAGGAGCUGGCGAUGGAAUUGGCACGGUUGUCGAGGGAUGCUGCUGUCCAUGGCGAGAUUAGGCGGGAGAAGACCAGGCGUCGAAAGCUUCAAGAGCGACGGGACCGAAUCGAACGAUUGGUGCGACAAGGAUACUUCGACUACCGUGCGAAUGAGGAGUUGCUGGACGAGCUGGAAGCUGAGGAUGGGUUGGUAGAGUGGAUUCAGGACUGGGCCAAUGCGAUUUCGGAGAGUGGGUCUAGGGUAGCCGGGAGAAGUGGUGAAGAGGAAGAGACCAUCCGCACUCGAACCUCCGUGAAUGCGACUUCACGAGGCCUCGUCUACCACGCUUCCACCACUCGCGUGGACACACAGCACCCAGUCGUGAUCCCGCCUAUGGUAUUCAACAAGCAGACGGGACAGAUGGAGCCUGCGAAAGAGGAGUUGAGAGGAAAACCGGAUGUGGUGGACAGGGAAACUGACCAGAGUGACAUCACUGUUGCUAUUGGCGGGGGAGCGCAGUUGUUUGCUGAUAAACAAGUUCCGUAUGGGCAUCAGAACGACGCGGCCGGUCAGGGUGAGGAAGGGCAAGGGUUGUUGAGCGAGGUGGCUGAGGCGACAAAAAGCACUGCGCGGGAGGCGAUCGGGAUCAAAGGACAAGUUGAAGCGAGAUAUCAGGAUGACCUUCGAAAGGAACGCUCUUCCGGAUGGAAGAGCAGUGCAUUUGACUUUCCUUGA